GCCCACCUCGAAGUCGCACAUCCACGGCAGCUACUGAAAGAAUAUCACCGGGAGUUCUAUACUCUCAACAUGCCAAAACGUUUCAAGGCCUGCCAUCCUUACUUGCCCGAAGCACUACUGGAGCAGUUCAAAACCGAUUCGCUCAUAACCGCAACCGGGACCGGUUCGGGGAACCCAGGGCUAAUGCAGUUUCUGAACAGUGCGCCCGCGGCCGUACGUUGAUAUUCUGCGAGCCUAGCAGAACUGCCUCGCGUUCGGGCAUGGAUCCGAGGAUAUUCUCAAAAGUCGAUAGGUUCGCCGAAGAGGACAAACGUUCAACUCUCCAUCUUGCCGCGACCGCUGGAGACAUCCCUCUGGCCUACGAAUGUAUACGUAUAAGCACAACCAUAGACUACAAGGAUGUUCUGGAAAUCACCGCCUUGCAUCUGGCUUGCAUAUACAUCCGCGCGACGCAGGCGAUCGGGGACGCUCUGAAGGCUAUGGGCAGACUGCUACCCGACUCUGAGCUUGCGCGUACACACAAUGACGAAGCUAUAGGCGACGAAAUUACAGGAACAUUGCGCGUCGCCAUCCUCCUCGUCGAACAACACGCGGACGUCAACACAUCGGUCGAAGAUGAAACGCCGCUGCUGAAGCCGCAUGCUGGCCCCUCGUCGAGCUUCUCCUUCGCCAUGGCGCACGCCCACACUCUCCAGGAGAGCCGGGCUACCCGGUUUUCCACUCGGUGAAUCAGCGCUCGAGGUACAACGCGCUCGUGCGCACCACCAAGGCAUGCAGACCGCGUCCCCCACGACCCUGUUCGUGCUGGUCUGGGGCGCUUCUGAAGGAUUGUCACGCCGCGCAGUCCCUCCCGUAUCCGCCGUUCUUCCUCUGUCUGUGCGGUAGCAAGAAGACAUACGAGCGCUGCUCAUGUAUGCGCCAGCGGUUCCGCCUGGAGGAGCGCUGGAGCGCAAAGGACGACUGCAUCAUACCUGUCGAAGUGCGUCCGGUGACAAUACCAGAAGAAUUCAAGCGGCUCUCCGAAGCACUUGCGAGGAACGCGCCCUUGGCGCACGCUAUCGCGCAGAUACUGGGUGUCCUCGAGGGGAUGGAGCCCAGCUUCUUCAGCGAGCUAAAAGAGAGCCCGAAUAUUCGCCUGCAACGGAUGCUCGGCGCCUUAUCACCGGAGGACAUGGAGCCUGCGUUCGUGUACGCCAUAGGGAAGGUCAACUUUAUGCCGCGGUACGUCC